AUGUUCACAAACCUCCAGAUACGACCUGCACCUGCCAAGACCCGACGCCGCAAGCCUAGCUUAUCCAUCCGCGCUGGCGUUACAAAGCGAAGGGUUUCGACUGUGUCAGCCGUGAGUUCUAGCAAUGUGCCCUCGAUGAGCUUCAUGGAGGGGUUGUUUGGUGAUGAGUUUCCUGAAGCUUUUGGAAGCGGGGCUCGGAAUAAGAAGACCAUCACAAACUUGCCGGCAGAGCUACUCGAAAUCGUAUGCGAACAUAUCUCUAAGCUCGACAUUAAGCGUUUGCGGCUUGUGAGCAAGCACUUCGCAUCCAGCGUGUAUCUACGCAUAGAUCGCAUCUACGUCUCGCCAAAUCGAGCUAAUCUGGACUAUCUACAUCAAAUUCUGGCCCAUCCUACAUACCCUGGCCGUGUGCGCGAGAUCGUCUGGGACGAUGCUUUGCUCAAGGAGUAUUCGACGUUGGAGGGAUUUCGUGCUGCAAUCAUCGCCGACGAAAGAGAGACUACCAGAGCCAUUGAACGUCGGCUUGAGGAAACCAUGGAGAUCUAUGGUGAUAGUGAUCCCGAUUACCGACCAUUAGAAAUGGAAGACUUACUUCAGGAUGGUCGAUUGACUGAGGCUGCGAAGGAAAUCCUUCUGCGAUACGAUGAUCAAUUCUCAAGAGAUGUUCUUGCUAGGAAUGCCACAAUGAUGAGCAUUGAAGACAGCUACGCGUUAUAUCAGGAACUGUAUCGCCAGGAACAAGAGCUUGUGGAACAGCAAAUCGAUGCGAUGGCACUGCAUCAAGCCCUGAAUGGCUUUCCAAAUGUGAGAAGAAUGACGCUAACGACUGACACUUGGCCUGCAUGGAAUGUCGUGCCUCGAUACAAUACCCCCUAUCAUCGUUCGUUACCUCUGGGUUUCCGCAAACCAGCUGUCUGGCCAUGGCUUCGGUCCGACCAGGAGUCAGAGGAUAUGUUUGCUCAAUGGCACCCUCGUCCUGCCAACCCGCCCAAGAACGCAAAGCCCUUGCCAGCGGAACACAGGAACUACGGCGUUGUGGUGUCUGCUAUACUCGCCAUGCCAGAUCCGCACAUCGAAGAGUUCAUAGUCGAAUCUGAACACCAAGCAAGGUCCUGUUACCACUGCUUCCUCACCGAAACUUCACAAAAUUACCGACUUACGAAACAAAUGUUCCAGCGGACACGCUUGAAGCGCCUAAAAAUGAUUUUCAGUCCUCCAAAUGACUAUCUUAUGAGUCCAGAAGGCUUGAACAAUCUCAAGUCUCUACUGGUAGAACUACAGUACCUCGAAUAUCUCGAUCUUGGCUUCAACGAUAGUAGAUCAGGCCGGUCUUGGCGCUUCUUUCUACGAUUCAAUCCUAUCCCUGAGGCCAUGAGAUCGCGCUUGCGAUGUCUCACCCUGCGGAAUGUGAAGCUGUCAGGGGAGGACCUCAGAGACAUGUUUACCACAUCGCCAAACUUGCAGAACGUCACAUUACAUGAUUGUUUUCAGCGGAUGCGUCCAGGAUGUGAUUGGCCGUGGCUCUUUGAGCAACUACGAGAUUAUUACCACGGCGAAGUCAAUAUUAGCAAGCCAAGCUUUACAGUUCUGGCACCGCUGUCUCAUCAAUACUCACAGCUUGUCAAUGAGGAGGUGGACGACUUUUUGUAUGGCGAUGGAACCGCCGAGUGUCCGUUUGUAAAUUCGCCACCAAGACCAGGGGCUAACGCUCUUAAACCGCACAUGGGAUGGAAAGUUUGGGAUAGGGACGAAAGCGUGAGAGAACGAAUGGCUGAGGUAGCUGAAAGGGAGGAGAUGCAAGAACGCGAUGACGAGAUGUAG